AGAAUGGCUUUGGCAAGUGGACAUUGGGUAGACAAAACCAUCAAGGGUGAACCACCAAGUCCAAGGUAUGGGCAAGCAAUUGCAGUGGCUGGAAACAUAGUGUUCUUCUUUGGAGGCGUUUCUAACAAAGAUUCACUUGAUGGACAGCCAAGGUACUUUAAUGAUUUUUACAUACUAACAGUUACUCCCUCUGAGCUACACUGGGAAUCAAUGCCUCAGAAUGGACAAAUUCCAUCUCCAAGGGAAGGGCACUCCCUUUGUCUGAUUCGUGGGAAGCUGUUCCUGUUCGGUGGUUGUUCCAACACACAAGCUGAAGAAUGCAUUCCUGGAGUUUACUGCUUUGACAUUAGUACAUUAAUGUGGGAGAAGUUAAAGACAAGUGGAAUGGCCCCAAAAACCCUGAAGCACAGUUCAGCUGCAGUUGGGGAAAAUAUCUACGUUUUUGGAGGAGUUGCCAAUGGCAUUGUGCGCGAUAAUCUCCUUGUAUUUAACACAGUGGCAAUGAUGUGGACACCAGUCCAAGUAACUGGCUGUGGGCCAUCUGCAAGGUUCAGUCACACCUGCGCUUUAGUUGGAGAGCAGAUCUAUGUGUUUGGUGGAUGCUAUUCUGAGGACAUCUUUUACAAUGAUGUCCACAUCCUGGAGACAGGAACUCUCACAUGGACCAAGUGUGAGGUGAAGGGUGAGAUACCUCGUGGAUGUGCAGGUCAGAGUUUCACAGCUCAUCACGACAAGGAUAUCUACCUUUUUGGAGGAAACCCCAGUGCUCAAAGUAGUGCCCUUUCAGCAACAAAUGACAUUUUCAAGCUAAGCAUUGCAAAGAUGAAAUGGAAAGUGCCCCUCUAUGUGGGAAUUCCUCCUUCACGCAGGCAUGGACACUCCAGUUUUAUUCUUCACAGUCAUAUGUACAUAUUUGGAGGAGUUAAUGAAGAGCAGGAGUUUAAUGAUUUGAAAGUGAUGAAGCUAAUAAAUCCUUCUGAAAGGCAGCCAAUAAUGAAAGAAAUUCUGUCUGGGUUUGGAAUCCAUGGAGUCAGCAAUAGAUUUACUCCAACAAAAGUUCCUAAAGUCAAAUAUGAACUAACCGAGGCUCCUUUUCCCAUCAGAAUUGAAUCACCUCCUCCAAUCCAGCCAACAAAUCACAGAGACUUCACAACGAUAAGGAAUCAAACCACAGACCUGAUAACAAAAGUCUUUACUGAGCUGGAUAAUGAAUUUCAAAAAUUAGACAAUGAAAAGAUGCUGCUCAGCCAGGAGAAAUUCGCUCUUCAACUUGAAAAAGAAGCAUAUAAGAACCAACAUGAGAAACAGCAACAGGAAUUACAGGAAAUGAUAGGAAAACACAAGACCCAGAAUGAAGCAUGGUUGAAAGCAAGAGCCGAGGAAAAUGACAGAGAGAGAAAAGAGCUCAGCAAGCUACGGGAAGAUGUGCUACGUGAACAGGAGAAAUUGAAAGAAGAGCAAAUUGUAAUGGAGAAGCGCAGUGAGCAGUUAUGUGCAAUCAUGAAGCAGUUUAAAGGCCUGUGAAAUCAACUGUGACACACAUCCUUUCACAUAACCAUUUUCUGAGAUGUGGCUAUUGUGCAUAAAAUGAAUUCUACAAAUCCAAAUAUAGUAAUAUGGAAAGAGCAAUUGGAUGGCAUAUAAUCAAAGAUCGUUCCUGCAAACAACUCUUUUAACAUAACAUUCCACCUCAGAACACUUUAGAAAAGUAGAGUCCGCAAUGCAGAGUCAACCUAUAAUAACAUCAUUCAGAAAUACAACUGCAUUUGUAUUAUAUUCUAAUACAACCCCAAUCCCUAAAAACUGAACACUCUUUCUGUCUGUUUAUGACACGAUCAUCUAUCUAUAUUAAAACAAUUUACAUUUUCGCA